AUGUGGUACGACAUGAACGAGCAUAUUUUGGCUCUCGCUCUGAGGCAGACGUGGCUCAUUCUGAGGCAGACGCGACUCAUUCAGAGGCAGACGCGGCUCAUUCUGAGGCAGACACGGCUCGCUCUGAGGCAGACGCGGCUCAUUCAGAGGCAGACGCAGCUCGCUCUGAGGCAGACGCGGCUCAUUCAGAGGCAGACGCGACUCAUUCAGAGGCAGACGCGGCUCAUUCUGAGGCAGACACGGCUCGCUCUGAGGCAGACACGGCUCCCUCAUUCAGAGGCAGACACGGCUCGCUCUGAGGCAGACGCGGCUCAUUCAGAGGCAGACGCGGCUCAUUCAGAGGCAGACGCGGCUCAUUCAGAGGCAGACGCGGCUCAUUCAGAGGCAGACACGGCUCAUUCUGAGGCAGACGUGGCUCAUUCAGAGGCAGACGCGGCUCAUUCAGAGGCAGACGCGGCUCAUUCUGAGGCAGACGCGGCUCGCUCUGAGGCAGACACGGCUCAUUCUGAGGCCGACGCGGCUCGCUCUGAGGCAGACGCGGCUCAUUCAGAGGCAGACGCGGCUCAUUCAGAGGCAGACGCGGCUCGUUCUGAGGCAGAUGCGGCUCGUUCUGAGGCAGACGCGGCUCACUCUGAGGGAGACGUGGCUCAUUCAGAGGCAGACGCGGCUCGCUCUGAGGCAGACGUGACUCAUUCAGAGGCAGACGCGGCUCGCUCUGAGGCAGACGCGGCUCAUUCAGAGGCAGACGCGGCUCAUUCUGAGGCAGACGCGGCUCGUUCAGAGGCAGACACGGCUCGUUCAGAGGCAGACACGGCUCGUUCAGAGGCAGACGCGGCUCGUUCAGAGGCAGACGUGGCUUGCUCUGAGGCAGACGCAGCUCAUUCAGAGGCAGACGUGGCUCGCUCUGAGGCAGACGCGGCUCAUUCAGAGGCAGACGUGGCUCGUUCUGAGGCAGACGCGGCUCGCUCUGAGGCAGACGCGGCUCAUUCAGAGGCAGACGCGGCUCAUUCAGAGGGAGACGUGGCUCAUUCAGAGGCAGACGCGGCUCAUUCAGAAGCAGACGUGGCUCAUUCAGAAGCAGACGCGGCUCAUUCAGAAGCAGACGCGGCUCGCUCUGAGGCAGACGCGGCUCAUUCAGAGGCAGACGCGGCUCGCUCUGAGGCAGAUGCGGCUCAUUCAGAGGUAAAUGCGGCUCGCUCUGAGGCAGACGCGGCUCAUUCAGAAGCAGACGUGGCUCGCUCUGAGGCAGACGCGGCUCAUUCAGAGGCAGACGUGGCUCGCUCUGAGGCAGACGCGGCUCAUUCAGAGGCAGACGUGGCUCGCUCUGAGGCAGACGUGGCUCAUUCAGAGGUAAAUGCGGCUUGUUCUGAGCUCUGA